GCAAUGUUGUCAGUGAAUUCUGGAGGGAUACUGGAGGGAAAUGCCAUGUGUCAAAAUGGCAUUUGGAACUUUUUAGCCGGAGUCAUUGUUUCAAAACGGACAUAAAUGGCAUGAACAUCAGAUUGUUUACAUCGGAAGUGUGGGUCCUUAACGGGAAGUAGUUGAGUUUGGCAAGCAAUUGUGGUUUACCCGGUUAAACGAAAGUGAACAAACAGGAAAAGUUACUCAUUUAACGCGCAUGUUUCUUUACCAUGUGUACGAGUUACUGAAUAAUGUUGGUCAGCUACAGCAGCAGCUCGGACGAUGAAUCAGAAGCUGGUGGUGAAGAUGCAGACAUGACUGGUCAUACUAAAAUGUGUGCUCGAAAAUCUCGGCAGGACACCGAUGACGAUGAUUGCCCGACGAAAAAGAAGCUUAAGAGUGACCAAAUGUAUGCUACAACGAGGCUGCCUAUCCCCGGUUGUUUGCUCGCCAUGUUUCCAGAUGAUGUGGAACCACAGGCCGAGGACAGCUCUCUGCACGACGGCCGCGUUCGCUCUUUUAAGCACGAGAGGGGAAACUGGGCCACCUACGUUUAUUUUCCAUACCAACCUGAAGAGAAAUUUGAGGAGAUGAUGGAAGAUCUUCUGUCGACAGCAGCUGCCUUUGGUCUAGCUUUGACCCCACAGGAGGAGCUCCAUCUUAGCCUCUCUCAGACGGUUGUACUGAGACACCACUGGAUCCAGCCCUUCACACAGAGUCUGAAGGCGGGCUUGGCAUGCUGCAAAAGGUUUGUGUGCUCAGCAGACAGACUGAAGGUCUAUUGCAAUGCUGAGAAGACAAGGACUUUCCUUGGGAUUGAAGUGGCAAAUGGGCAUGCACAGUUGCUGGAUGUGGUCCGAGUAGUGGAUAAAACAAUGACAGAGUUUCGCCUCGAUACUUUUUAUCAGGAUCCAUCUUUCCAUGUGAGCCUGGCCUGGUGUGUUGGGGACUUCACUGUGCAAUUGCGGCAGUGCCUUCAGGAGCUUCAGAAUGUGGUUGAUAAUCAUGAAGAGGGGCCUUAUCAUCUGUGGCUGGACUGUGCAGAGCUGCGCUGCCGCACAGGGAACAAGACUUUCCAAUUUCCUCUGGCUCCUUAAAAGCAGUACCAAGGGCCGCCAUACAUGAGUUUUGCUGUAGAGUUGCAACAAUGAGUCAAGGAUUAAUUGAUGAUCCAAUGAAUUGACAACUAUUUUGGUAUUCGAUUAAUUGUUUUUUUUAUAUAAAAAUGUAAAUAUCCUCUGA